UUGUAAAAUGUAAAAAGGAGGAGAAAUGGAGGACGUCGCAGUACCAACAGAAAAGCUGUCAAAUGAAAAUUCUGCAACACAACGCCGCACUGAUGAAUCCGCGAAGGAGGUUUCAUCACAGGGUGUAAAAUCAGAAGCAAUUCGUGAACCAUCCUCAAAUGACGAACCUCGAGGCAAGAGGUUGAAAUUGUACAAUGAAGUCAUUGACAAAAGCCUCGAAGAGUUUAUGCACUUCGCUAGUUUCGACAAGUUUUCCAGCAUGUUCCAUCAAUUCUACAAGAUGAACCGUCAAAGGAUGGAAAACAUUCAUAAGCAGUUUGUAGAUGAGUUGCAGAGAGCUAUAAAGGAUGAUAUCAGAAGACUGAAUGAAGAAGCAAGUCUCGAAUCCAAACUCAAUGAGCUGGACAAACUGGAAAGUGCUGCUGAAAACAGUCCAGAUCCUGCAUGGCGCCCCUCGGGGGUUCCGGAACAAGACUUCAGCAGCUUUAUAAUUCCCUUCUAUCAAAAGCAGGAGGCUUAUUUGCGACAUGAGCUCAGAAAGAUUCAAGCUGAGAAUGCUGCCCUUGCACUGAAGGUUCAGGCUGGCAGGGAGAGGAUUGCUCAGGCCGAACAUCAGAUUUCAACAGCUGCUGCCGAGUGGGAGGCAUCAGCUACCAAAAUCGAAAGUCUGGCAUCUUCAUUAUGCCCUGCAGAUGUGUUUGAUGUAUAAUCUUCAAAAUGAUUGGCUGAAUUAACUGAUUUAACGAUAUACAUUUUCUUUUUUUUUUCAAUAAAAUAAAACUCAUGGGAAAACAUG